CAUUAUGAUUAAUUCCCGCUAAUCGGUUCCUUUGAACAGUUCGGUUCAUGACUCGUUCUACUCUGGUUUACUGGACUGAUUCGUGAACGAAUCGUUUAGAAUAAGACGGAAAGAUAGAAAAGAUCCGACUCAAAAAAAAACGAUGCGUUCAUGAAUCGGAUGUCGCUAGCGUCUCUCGAGUCGGAUUGUAUUUCCUGCAGUGAGUGAAAAGCAAAGAGUUAUGCAACACUCAAUCAGCUGGACAGUUAUUAUUAUUAACGUUACUUAUUAUUUUAAUCUGUCUUUAGCGUUUUUGGAGUGACCGUGUAAAUUAAGAUGAUUUAUGAUUUGCAUAUGUCUGUGUCUGUGUUUGUGUGUAACAGUCGUCAGUAGAAUGUAAAUAAGGAGAAAAUUGUUAAAGCGCGUGUAAUCACGUGUUUAAAGCAACCGCCCUCUUUUCUGGACUGGACUGAGCUUGAUAUUAGACUCCUGCACGCCUCAGCCUGUAGACGAACGUCUAGGUUUUAUUAGACCUGUCAGUUCUUAUCAUGGGCAGUUUAUAUCUCUCAAGAGGUCGGUGUAUUCUCCGGCAGGUGUUCUUUGGCCUACCCAGCAUGCUGCAGCGGCCGUACAGCCUCGAUGUGUCAGCGCAGCUCCUGCGGACUCAAGCCUUCAUAGAAGGGCGCUGGGUCUCCGCUGCAUCCACGUUCCCCGUGUUAGAUCCAGCCACGGGAGAAGAGAUCGCGAAGGUGUCAGACUGCGGUACAAAGGAAGCUCAAGACGCUGUCAAUGCUGCAUACAAAGCGUUUCAUCUGUGGAAGAAUCACACAGCCAAGGAAAGAAGCAUUUUAUUACGGAAAUGGUUUGAUCUGAUCAAUCAGCACAAGGAAGAUCUUGCCAAGUUGAUCACAGCAGAGUGUGGGAAGCCCAUGAAGGAGUCUAUCGGUGAGAUGACAUACUCCGCCUCCUUUCUGGAGUGGUUUUCUGAAGAGGCCAGACGUGUGUAUGGAGAUAUUGUCGCACCUCCAGCCAAGGACCGCAAGAUCCUGUUACUCAAGCAGCCGGUGGGAGUGGCUUCCAUCAUUACACCUUGGAAUUUCCCCAGUGCCAUGAUCACCAGGAAGGUGGGCGCAGCACUGGCGGUGGGCUGCACUGUGGUGGUAAAGCCAGCUGAGGAUACGCCUCUCUCUGCUCUGGCCCUUGCUGAGCUGUCGGUUCAGGCUGGCAUUCCUCCUGGGGUGUUUAAUGUAGUGCCCUGCUCAAGAGGAAAGACCCCUGCUGUAGGGGAGCUGCUCUGCACAGACCCUCUCGUGGCCAAAAUCUCAUUUACCGGCUCCACGGCCACUGGCAAGGUACUAUUAAGACAUGCUGCAGGAACUAUCAAAAGGGUCUCCAUGGAGUUGGGAGGACAUGCCCCCUUUAUUGUAUUUGACAGUGCUGAUGUAGAUAAAGCCGUUGCAGGAGCAAUGGCUUCCAAAUUCAGGAACGCAGGCCAGACCUGCGUGUGCUCCAACCGCUUUUUGGUGCAGAGUGGGAUCCAUGAUGCUUUCAUGGAAAAGUUGGCGAAGGCUAUGGAUGCCGAACUGAAGCUUGGCCACGGCUCAGAGCCCACCACCACACAGGGGCCGCUCAUCAACACCCGCGCCGCAGAGAAGGUGGAGAGCCAGGUUGCAGAUGCUGUGGCACAGGGAGCAGUCAUAGUUCGAGGUGGGAAGAGACUGGAUGGCUCCUUCAUGCAGCCCACCCUGCUGUCCAAUGUCAACACUGACAUGCUCUGCAUGCGAGAGGAGACCUUUGGACCCCUUAUUCCUGUUGUUAAGUUCAACACGGAACAGGAGGCACUUGUCAUUGCCAAUGCUUCUCCUGUUGGUUUAGCAGGUUACUUUUACUCCAGAGACAUCAGUCAGAUCUGGCGGGUGGCUGAGCAGAUGGAAGUGGGCAUGGUUGGGGUCAACGAAGGUCUGAUCUCCGCCACAGAAGCCUCAUUUGGUGGAGUCAAACAGUCUGGAAUGGGCAGAGAAGGAUCCAAGUAUGGCAUUGAUGAGUAUCUAGAAAUAAAGUACAUGUGUUUGGGGGGACUCUCUCUUUAAAGACAGUGGUUACUAGCAUGUCAUCAUUUAAGCAGUACUAAAAACAUGGAUCCACAAAACACCAUUCUCUUUCAAUCAUAUGUAACUGAAUAAUGACUAUACAGAGACAUUUUAUUGUCGGGAUAUUUUAGGUAUUUGUUGCAAAAAUGGGUACAAAUCGUCCUCUUUGAGAUUCCAUCCAUCAUAACUGAUUGAUGUAACCUAGUUGCUCUGAAAUAAGAUAUUGAACACUUAAAAAAAAUAUAUAUUAUUUUUAUCACUGAAAAAUAUCUAAACAUCCUUAAAGCAGGAUAAAUUUACUUUUGUGUUUUUGUGUAAGAUGAGAGAAUAUAUCUUGAAUAACUAAAGUUUAUUCUUCUUACUCCAUUUAAUUUUAGACUGAAAAAAAGACGUACUAAUUUAAGUUUUAUUUUAUUUUUUUAAUUGUGUAAAUUAAUUUGGGCACAAAAAAAGAGAACCUAAUUUACAAUUAAGUACAGUAUGUAUAAAUAUAGGGCUGGUGGUGGAUCCAGUGAGAAAUCAAAGCACAAUCUUUCUUUAAAAAAAAAUAAUUUAAAUGUUUAAUUUACUAACCCCCGGUUUCACAGACAAGGCUUAAGCUAGUCCCAGACUAAAAUGCAUGUUUGAGCUGUCUCAACUGAAAAUAUCUUGCUCUGACAAAUGUCAGUGUCAUUGUUCUGUCUCGAGAUGCACACCUGAAACGUUUUCUUCUAAGACAUUUUUAUAAAAGCUGCUUAAAUAAAGUCCUAGUCCUGGUUUAAGUUAAGCCCCAUCUGUGAAACCGGGCCUAAGUGUUCUAUUUUUGUAAAUCUAGAAAUAGAAAUGUUAAAAAUGAAACCUUGACUGUGAUGGGAUGUUUUGGGUGCUCAUUCUGCUGGAUAGAAACUUCUGAUUUGAGGUAUUGAAGCAUAGAGAUUAGUCAAACAAGUUAACAAAUUUGUCAUUGUGGCCAAAUGUUGUAAUUGCCAGUGUAUUUUUUUAAACUGUUCUCUGUUGUAAUUUUUUUUGUAAUUGUAAAUAUUAAUUUUCUAUUGAUAUACCUAAUUGUAUUGUGAAGUGUUAUAUGUAUGAAAAUGUUUAGAAGUAUAUUAAUUUUCUUACCUUGGGAGUGGAAUUUUGCAGAGAUGCACAUGAAGGUUACAAAGACUAAAUAUACAUCUGAAAGCCUUGGUAAAUAAACAACUUCUGCUGUUC